CUGGUCUCGGAAUCAGGAAGUGGACCAGGCAGCAGUUUGACAAUCAACAUCACAUGAUCAGGGUGAGUUAGGGGGUCUGUCGCCAGCCCUCCCUACCCCUCACACACGACCUGCCCUGUCCAGUCACCUUGCUGAGCAGGGGGGGAGAGAUCGAGAGGGCAGCAUGGGUGUGGAGCAUGUCCAGGACAUCUGAGGUCACCCAGCACAGGAAUGGAGGUGGGUAAAUACCUGGCCCGGAUCGGCUACCGGGGCCCGACGGAACCCACCCUGGAGAACCUGAUGGCCAUUCACCACUGCCACCUCCUGAGCGUGCCCUUCGGCAGCUUGGCCAUCCACUGCGGGGAGGGGAUUGUGCCGGAGCUGCCUCGACUGUACCGCAAGAUCGUGGAGGAGCGGCGAGGGGGUUUCUGCUACGAGCUGAACAGCCUCUUCGCCUGGCUGCUGGAGGAGCUGGGCUACCCCCUCCGACUCCUGUCCGGCCAGGUCCGCAGCCCCAUCACCGGCCGCUUUGGGCCCCCCUUCGACCACCUGCUGAUCCUGGCCCAGCCGGGCGGGCGGAGCUGGCUGUGCGAUGUGGGUUUCGGCCGAGCUUUCCGCACCCCUCUGCCCCUGGAGGCCGGCAGGCCCCAGGCCCAGGAGAACGGGGUCUUCGAGCUGGGGCUAGAGGCGGGAGCCUGGCACCUGCGGCGCCGGCAGCUGGGGGGCCAGGGCGCCGGGGACACGCUCUACAGGUUCACGCUGGAGGGGCGCCGGCGGGAGGACUUCGGCCCCAUGUGCGAGUACCACCAGCGCUCGCCCAGCUCCGUCUUCGCCUGCAAGGCCUUCUGCUCCCUGCAGCUCCCCCAGGGCAUGGUCACCUACAUGGGCCGCAGGCUGAUCGAGACCGAGUACUCGGCCGGCGGGGAGAGACAAGUCACCACCCGGCUGACGGAGGAGCAGAUCCCCCUGGUCCUGAGGGAGCGCUUCGGGAUUGUGCUGAGGAACACCCUGGUCCCCAGAGACGAGGAUGUCACGCCUCCUCCGGACGAAUACUGAGGAGAACCCGGAGUUGGCGGCGGUGUGGUGGGGGGGGGGCGUGCAGAGCGGGCAGGGGGAGUACUGCUCCUGAG